AUGGGCAGGCGUCUCCUUCCUUUGGGACUGCUCCUGCUGACCCUGGCCCACCUGGAAGCCCACCCGGAAGCCCACCUGGAAGCCCACCCGGAAGCCCACCCGGAAGCCCACCCGGAAGGGCUGGCGUUGGGGGCCCCCCCCAAGAGGGCCAAGAGGGGCUUCACUUACCCGGGGACCCUCUGGUGCGGAGCCGGGAACAUCGCCGGGAGCUACGACGAGCUGGGCGAACACCGCGAGACGGACCGAUGUUGCCGGGAUCACGACAACUGCCGCCACGUCAUCCACCCCUUCGACUACAAAUACGGCUACCGCAAUCUGCGCUGGCACACCAUCAGCCACUGCGACUGCGACAACCGGCUGAAGGCGUGCCUGAGGUCGGUGAACGACACGUCGUCGCGGGUGGUGGGCCAGGCCUUCUUCAACGUCAUCCGGGUGCCCUGCUUCCGGUUCGCCUACAAGGAGCAAUGCGUGGAGCCCUACCUCUACGUCUGGUGCAGAAAUUACAGCACGGUGGCCGUCGCGGUGGUCCAGGAACAGGCACUGUACGAAUACGGCGGGGAGGUCAUUGAUGGGCCGUCCAUCAACCGCCCCUCGAUGACCACGACCCCGUUGCCAAGGUCAGCAACUCCUCGACAUCAACCAGACGUGCCUGUUGUGGAGGUCACCGAACCUUCUGUCCGGCGAGGUGACUCUCAUAAGAAUCGACCGGAGAAGCCUGUUGUGAUCACCAAUCAGCCUGUUCAGCCCAGCGGAUUCGGGAAGAAUCAACCAAACAAGUCUGACGUGGUGAUCCCUGGUCCUGCGAUUAAGCCAGGGAGACCACGUAAGGAUCGUCCAGAUUCUCCCAUUAAGCCGAGACGUUUUGGUAAAAAGCAACCGGACAGGCACAUCAAGGCGAUCACCAAUCCUGCUGUUCAGCCUGGCGACUCUCGUAAGACCGUCGGGGUCACCGAUUUUCCUGUUCGGCCCAGCGAGUUUAGUAAGAAACAACUAGACGAGCGCCUCAGUGUGGUUACCGAUGCUCCCGUUCGACCAGACGAGACGAUUGUGAUCCCCGAUCCUCCCGUUAGGCCAAACGGAUUUGAGAAGAAUCAACCAGUGUGGCCCAACGGGUUUAGUAAGAAACAACCAGACGAGCGCCUCGGGGUGGUUACCGAUGCUCCCGUUCGACCAGACGAGACGAUUGUGAUCCCCGAUCCUCCCGUGACGCCGAACGGAUUCGAGAAGAAUCAACCAGUGGUGGUCACUGAUACGACCGUUCGUAAGAAUCGACCAGACGAACUCCCAGCUCCCGUUCAGCUUAAUCGUCCGGAGAAGAAGCACCGCAGAGGCAAAGGCAAGAAGCAGAAAGGCAAGAAGCGGAAAGGAAUGAAAAAGGAGGAGGAGGAGAAGAAGACACUGCAGAACGUGCCGGUUGUUCUCCUCAGAGAUCCGGCCAAGGAGCUAGUGGCGCCCGAACCCGGGAAGAUCGGCUUCCAAGGCGAGGCAUUGAAUGGCGAGGAGGACCUGUUCAACGCGAUCCUCGGCGACGACCCGGGCGAAGAGGUGAUCGUGCCAGAUCCCGUCCCGACGGUUUCCUCGACCGUGGGUCCGUUUCGGAAGAAGAGGAAAGGGCGAAGGCGUCCGGGGAAGAAGGAAAAGAGGCCGGCGUCAAGCUGAGACUGCGAGGGGGAUCCAACAUGGGGGUAGAGGAAUAAUAAACGAACAAAGCUUAUUGUGUCCAACCGUUUCCCAAAACAACACCCCACCGCCUCUGGUUUGUGUGUUCGGACAGGUUAAUACCCCCUCCGACAACAUUUUCCCUACCGAGCGGGGAGAGAUGGAAGUUGAAGGUGACGCUAAGUCAGGGUUGGGCAACCCACGGCAUCUAUUUGGCUCCUAGGACUUCUUGUGUCCAUAUUUCAAAAGUUGUUUACAGUGUUCCCUCACUUCUCGCAGGUGUUACGUCCUAGAACAGUGGUUCUCAACCUUUCUAAUGCCGUGAACCCUAAAUACAGUUCCUCAUGUUGAGGUGACCCCCAACCAUAAAAUUAUUUUCAUUGCUACUUCAUAAUUGUAAUGUUGCUCCUGUUAUGAAUCAUAAUGU